AUGGGUACUCCGCUUCAGAGAGAGAGCCUGAUCCCGCUCUCCUUGCUUUCCACGUCUGUCUUCGAGAAAUCCAAGAAACCUCCCUCAUCUGCUGCCAACGCCAUACCAGUAGGGAACCGGAAUCUCUCGACAGCAGCUGUUGUGUCCAAGACUUCUGCCGCCGAGUUGUUUUCAGAGGCUUUCGACAAUCAGCAGGAGGAAGAAAUCCGAGAGCGUCCAGUAUUUAACGCCCAGAACCACCACAGGGGGUCUAUGGAAAUGAAUCAUUUCGUACAAGGACAGAGUCGUCGCGGAAGACAGUACUACGAAGGACCCAGCCGAUCUGAACAAUAUCCACAGUCCAUAGGAUCAAUACAAAACAGCGCACGAAGUUCAAUCGCAGGCCCAUCCAGCAAGAGGCGUAUCGAUGAUGAUUCGCCUGAGCCACGCAAGAGGGCUACAGGAUCGAAUAUCGGGGACCGUCAGCCACGAAUGGCCGCAGCGUCCACCAUAAUAGAAAUCUCUGCAAAUUCUUCGCCAGCUGAUUCAGUCAGAGCAAUGUCACCUGUGACGCCCUCCGAUCAUGCAGAUCCAGAUCAACGUGGCCGACAUUCAAUCGGCAAUUCUUUGACGUCGAAUCGCAUUUCAGGAAGAGCAAGAUCCAGAUCUACUCAACGGCCCAUCAGGAAACCAUCGUCGACAUCGUCUUCAAAGUCCAGGAGAACGAGAGGAAGGAAAUCCACUAGAAAUUCGUCAGAGGAUUCAUUAUCACCGACGUCCUCUGAUUCCGAUACAGGGUCGUCGAGCUCUGAAGACCUUGGUUCUGAGCGAGAAGACUAUCAAAUAAUUGCCCCGUCGACGAUCAAACUGCAUGGCGUGAUACACGAUUUGAUGUUGGAGCUGGAACGAGCCCGUACCAAGCACGCUAAGUACUGCGAAAAGGUGAAGGCUUCUUCUCGAAAGAUCAGGAAUAUCAGCAAGAAACUGGAGAAACGCUUCCGUCACUUGAGCGAAACUGUGUCUGCAAUACCUACCCCACAGGGGCGAACACCAGCGGCGACCCGGAUUGACAUGGAGAGAGCAGUGUCAACACCAACUUCAUUGACUAUGCCUAUGAGCACCCAUUCCUCCGCGGUAUCUCGAAAGGAUCUACGUCAGCCGCUCGAGGACCAGACCACUCAUUUCCACGUUGUACAACAUCAGCAGCAUGCUCCUCCCGAAUCCCACUCGUCAUCAAGACCUCCAUCUUCAACAUCUAUCCGACUGGCAUCACACGAUGGUCGCACAACUAUAGCGUCUUCCAAUGUUGUCGAAACCCUGACGAAUAUUAAUGCCGACGUCAGGCCCAAAGUAUUCAGAAGAAAGGCCCGCAACAUGGUGACCUAUACACCCAUCGCUGGUGCGGACAUGAAGGAAGUGCUGGUAACAAGUUCUUUGGAGGGAACGAUCGAUUUUUGGGACUUGGCAGAUCGAGAGGUGAUCACUUCGAUUCCGCAGAGCAGCUUGAACCAGCCUUGGUCAGAAGUCAUUUGCUGGGUCGGGAAGAACGUGCUUGCAGUUGCCAGCGCCCAUUCCAACAAACAUCCACUUAACCACCAACUCGCGCUAGUUCAUGUAAACAAACCCAGGACGCGGUCAGCUCUUGGACACGCUCGAGCAGGAUUUACAUGGAAGGUUCAGACACUGAAGGAAAUGCCUCAUAAUGCUAUUAGUGUUCAUAUGUCCGGUAUUGGCUGCAUCGCACCCGUAUCGGACGACACAAACGAGAUGCUCUUUGCAACCGGCGGAAUGGACAAGCAGAUUUUCGCUUGGCGCUUCUCUCAUAAGAAUAAUGAUGACGAAUGUGUCCCGAUCUCGCAGCAGGUGAUCCAUAGCAAGCACACGAGCAGUAUCCAGGCGCUCUGCUACUCGCCUCAUAAUCACACGCUGUACUCUGGUGGUGCGGACCGGAAAUUGAUCGGCUGGGACAUGGAGCGAUCCAAGGUUGUGGUGGAGCACAAGAACUCUGGUAAUCGCAUCAACUCGAUUGAGCAAAGCCCAGUUGAUCCUCAUCUGUUCCUGAUCUCUGAAGCAGCGGCCAGUCACCAACUCUCAUUACAUGAUAACAGGCAGAGAUUUGGUGAGCCCGUGCUGCGGUUUGGUUCGAAUGGGGCUGACAGUCUGUCGAAACAGAUCGUGCCGUCGUGGCAUCCCGGAGGUUCGGUUAUUAGCUGUGGUAUGCAGUCUGAAACCAAAAUCAAUAUCUGGGACAUCCGCUGGAAGGAUGUGCAGCGAGGUGCAGGGCAGUCGAUCGACGUGCAUGAGUCACGCGUUUAUAAGGCAGCUUUCCAUCCCACGCAAUCGUCUAUGAUAUCAAUGAGUUCCAACCAGCUCGCGUUCAUGCACUAUCGUGAAUCGUUGAGCAGCGAGACCACCACAACCUGA